AUGCAGUUACUCAGUCCGUUGGACUGGAUUGCUGCCAUCGUGCUGCUGGUCGCCUACACGAAUUGCCAGGACGACUACGAUCCAUAUCAGGAGUUUAUCACAACCGAAAGCGAACGCGGUCUCUUCCCCAGCAUUUUCAAUCUGGCAACAAACUCCUUGAUUAACGCUACUGCCACUUGUGGAUAUUCAAAACGGGAGGAGUACUGUAAAUUGGUAGAGCACGUGUUAUUACGGAAAACAGCAACCGGAGGAUCGCCCCAAUGUGACAUCUGUGACGCGAACGAUGCUCGUCAUCGACAUCCGAUAGAAUUCGCCAUAGAUGGCACGAAAAGGUGGUGGCAAUCGCCAUCUUUGGCGAAUGGAUUGGAGUAUGAGCGGGUCAACAUCACGAUCGAUCUGCGACAGGAGUACCAAGUCGCAUAUGUGAUCAUCAAGAUGGGGAACGCUCCCCGUCCGGGGACAUGGGUUUUGGAGAAAUCGUUGGACGGUGUCAACUAUGAACCAUGGCAGUACUACGCGAUGUCGGAUGCAGAAUGCAUGCGACAAUUUGGUGUCCCUGCAACGACUGGAGUGCCGAAAUUUCAGCGGGAUGACGAGGUUCACUGUACUAGUGAGUAUUCAAAGAUCACACCGUUGGAAGGUGGUGAAAUUCACACAUCACUCGUUAACGGCCGUCCCGGAGUGGAAAAACCGUCACUGGAACUGCAGAAAUUCACCCGUGCACGAUAUGUACGAUUGCGACUUAUCUCACCGCGCACUUUGAACGCAGAUUUGAUGAUCAUCAAUAGACAAACUCAUCGGAUCGAUAAAUCAGUAACGAUGAGAUAUUUCUAUUCAAUCUCGGACAUAUCGAUAGGUGGACAAUGUAUUUGCUAUGGACACGCUGAGAGUUGCCCGAGUGAUCCAGUUACGGGGCAAUUCAAAUGCGAAUGCCGACAUAACACCUGCGGCGAGUCCUGCAACAGAUGCUGUCCUAUGUUCAAUCAACUGCCUUGGAAACCAGGAACGAACGCACACCCGAAUAUAUGUCAACAAUGCCAAUGUUUCAAUCAUGCGGACUCUUGCGUCUAUGACGAAGAAUUGGACAACAAUAAAUGGUCGAUAACACCUGAAGGGGUUUACGAAGGUGGAGGACGAUGCCUGGAUUGCAAGCACAACACCGAGGGAUUCAACUGUGAAAGAUGUAAGGAUGGCUACUAUCGACCGAGUGGACUCUCACACUAUAGAGAGGACGCUUGUCGAACAUGUGACUGUGAUUUGACUGGAUCCAUUAGUGACGUGUGUAUUCGGGAUGAUCAAAGCGCUCUCUCCGGACAGCAUCCUGGUGAUUGUGUAUGUAAGCCGGGAUUCGGAGGAAGGCGCUGUGAACGUUGCGCACGUGGCUACCGUAAUUAUCCAAAAUGUGAACCGUGUCCGUGUAACCAAGCCGGCUCAGUGAAUUUUGACACAUGCGAGGAGGAGAAGUGCAAAUGUAAAACAAAUGUCGAAGGCCUAUACUGCGACCGAUGUCGCCCAGGAACAAUUCAUUUGGAUGCUGAAAAUCCGUUAGGAUGUCAGGCAUGCUUUUGUUUUGGGAUGACGGACAAAUGUCGUGAAAUCGCGUGGACUACGGCUGUGAUCUCGAACAAUGUCGGUUGGAAUUUGACGGAUCUUAGCGGUGGGCGAGACGUACGACCGGAAGUCGAGAAUCGUGAAGUGCUAAUGUUCAACGCUAAUCAGAACAAGGAUCGAUCAUUGUUCUACUGGAAGGCGCCGGACACAUUUACUGGAAAUAUGCUCAAUAGUUACGGUGGACAUCUGCAUUAUUUUGUCUACUAUGUACCGAUGGAACAAGGGAACAGUGUCCCAGUUGCUGACCUCGUUAUAGAGGGAAACGGUAUCAAAAUCGAAUAUUACACCCGAAUGGACUUUUUCCCACGCGAAAACAUGACCGUUCAGAUCCCUAUAAGAGAAGGUCCCGGCUGGUAUAAUUCCGUCACAAGAACCCCGGCGGAUAAAGCGGACAUGCUGAGGGCGCUGGCGGGUGUGGAGCGAUUCCUUGUAAGAGCCAUGUAUCAACAGCAACAACUGCAAAGCAGUAUCUUUGGGCUUACAUUGGAUACGGCAGUACCGCCACCUGAAGGAAGUCCUGUGGAUCAAAUGGAUGAAGACGUACUACAUCCAGCACAUCCGGACACCCGAAUGCGAGGAGUGGAAGUGUGUGAAUGUCCGGAGAAUUUCGCAGGGAAUAGUUGUGAGUCAUGUGCUCCUGGAUAUCGCCGUGUAAACAACCAGCUAUACGGUGGACGUUGUGAGAAAUGCAGCUGCCAGGGACACACGGACAGUUGUGACCCAUUCACAGGAGAAUGUACCAAUUGCAAGCAUAACACCACUGGAGUACGCUGCGAACUCUGUUUACCUGGUCAUUAUGGAAAUCCAUCCCUAGGAGGAGAGCUCGGUGCAUGUAGACCAUGCGCGUGUCCAACAGCCGAGAAUAGUCGCUCAGCGGAAUGCGUAAUGACGCAGCUUGUCGUGGCGGGACCUGCAGCUUCACAAGAAGAUGCGUACGUGUGCACAGCAUGUGAGAGAGGAUAUGAAGGCAAUAAAUGUGAAGUGUGUGCUGACGGUUUCUUUGGAAACCCUCUGGAAAAGAAUGGAACAUGUAAGGAAUGUGAAUGCAAUGGAAAUAUCGAUUUGAUGGCUAUUGGCAAUUGCGACUCGGAGACCGGGAAAUGUUUGAAGUGUAUCGGAGAUACGACUGGCGAGCACUGCGAGCUAUGCAAGGAAAAUCACUGGGGAUCCGCGUUGGAGCACACGUGCCGCCCAUGCGGAUGUCAUCAUGUUGGAUCAGAUUCACCUCAGUGUAGUAAUGUGGACGGCGAAUGUACGUGUAAGGAGAAUUACAUCGGAAAACAAUGCGAUCGUUGUAUGGACGGUCACGGUGACAUCGAAAACGGUUGUCCGGCUUGUGAAUGUGACAUCGUCGGCAGCAUUGGAGAUCAAUGUGAUGCAGUAAGUGGCCAAUGCACAUGUAAACAAGGUGUCUUCGGCAAGCGAUGCGAUCAAUGCCGACCGUCGUACUUCAAUUUCACUGACGCCGGUUGCCAAUUCUGCCACUGUAAUAUCUAUGGAUCCAUAGAGGAUGGCAAGUGCAACAAUGUGACCGGUAAAUGUGAAUGUCGUGACAAUGUUGACGGGACAAUGUGCGAAAAAUGCGCUGAUGGAUUCUUCAAUAUUACCAGUGGAACAGGGUGUCAGGCUUGCGAAUGUGAUCCACUGGGAUCGGAUGGCGAUAUUUGUGAUCUGCAUUCCGGACAAUGCGUAUGCAAACCUGGUGUCACUGGUCUAAAAUGUGACCAAUGUCAACCGAAUCACUACGGGUUGGAUGAGGAAGGGUGCAAAGAAUGCCAAGCUUGCCCCGCCCCCGGCCAAGUGUGCGAUCCAAUCACAGGCGAAUGCGUAUGUCCGCCGAAUACUGUAGGAGCGAUGUGCGAGAAUUGCACGGAAAACGCUUGGGACUAUCAUCCGCUACAAGGAUGCAAGCUUUGCCAAUGCUCAGAAGUGGGCAGCAGCAAUGGAAAGUGCGAUUUUCGCACCGGACAGUGCAAGUGCCGAAACGAAUACGUUGGCCUGCGGUGCGACCGAUGCACUCAUGGAUUCUAUGGUUUCCCGGAGUGCCAUGCCUGCGACUGCGAACCAGCUGGUACGGAUCCGCUACAGUGCAAGGACGGGUUGUGCCUGUGCAGUGAAGAAGGAGAAUGUCCCUGUAAGAAGAACGUUAUCGGCGAGAAAUGCGAUCGAUGCAAGGACGGGACCUUCAGCUUGGAUUCAUCAAAUAGGCUCGGUUGCACAGAAUGCUUCUGCUUUAACAGGAGCAGUACUUGUGAACAGAGCGCAUUAUUUUGGGCGCAAACGUACGCAGAGGAUCGAAGAGCUGUGUUCGAGGAGCCUUGGGAGUACUACACCAAAAAGCAUAAUUUGAACUUACUGAAGGAGUACCCAGCGAAAUAUAACAGUUACCCAACAGAUGCUGUUCCGUUAUAUUGGCCUCUUCCUAAGUCCAUGCUCGGCGAUAGAACUGGCAGUUACAACGGAUUUCUAAGAUUUACGAUCUGGAACGAAGAUAAUCGUCGUGGAGUUGAGGGAGUUCGACCAGAUAAUCAAUACUUCCGAUAUUUCCCGCAGGUCGUAUUGGUCGGAAACAAUAGGAUUGAGCUUGAGCAUAUUCCGAUGACUAUAGCGGAGGAUGGGAAAUACAAGGUCCGCCUUCAUGAAUCCGAGUGGCGCUCACGUCAAAGUCCCGAAUUGCCGGUUACCCGAAAACAGAUGAUGAUAGCGCUGCAGAAUCUCCAAGGUAUCUACGUCCGUGGCACGUACAACUAUCCUGCGAGAGGUGAUGCCAUAACGAUGAGUGAGGUAUCGCUCGACGUCGCCGUGCCAGAAUCUUCCGGAGCGUCCGGUUCCACUGCGAUAGGAGUGGAGCAAUGUCUGAACUGUCCACAAGGCUUCACAGGAGCAUCAUGUCAAAAUCCAGCCCAGGGAUACUGUAGGAAGAAGCAGAGGUCAAACCGCAUCGAAAGAUGUCGUGGGGACUAUCUCAAUUCUCCGGACGACAUGUCUCUGAUAGGUUGGUCAGAACCAUGUGCAUGCAAUGGACAUUCGAUCACCUGCCAUCCAGAGACAUGUAUUUGUACGGACUGUGAACACAACACUUUCGGCGAUCACUGUGAUCAGUGUAAGAGCGGCUAUAUUGGAGAUGCACGAGAGGGUGGUGUCAAUGCUUGCACCAAAUGCGCUUGCCCGCUGGUGGAGAACUCGUUCAGCGACACUUGUGUGGCAGUGGAUCAUGGUAGAGGAUAUGUAUGUAACGCUUGCAAACCAGGUUACACUGGGCAAUACUGUGAAAGCUGUGUGGCUGGCUUCUUCGGCGAACCAUCAGCGCCCGGCGGCUUCUGUCAAUCCUGUGAUUGCCACCCGGACGGUUCACUUCAUGGCGCCUGCAAUCCCCUCACUGGCGAAUGCGAAUGCCGUCCCGGGGUGACUGGACGAGAUUGCAGCCGCUGCCAGCAUCGCCACGCCUUCAUUGGAGGUGUCUGCACGUCUUGUGACCAGGGUUGCUAUUUACCACUGAUGACUAUGGUAGAUGAAUUGGAAGUUACUCUAGCGAACCAGAAUUUCUCGAACCUUCGACCAAUCCCUUGGAAGAGGCUGUCCAGGAUAGGAAACAAUACAGAAUUGAUCGCUGAGUUUAUGCGAGGACUUGGUGCUGGUGAAGGUGAAAUGGGCGAAAUUGUGAAAGACAGCAAAUACGCCAAGGAAGCUUUCGCCGUUGUUGAAGGGGCGCGCUUCCAAGCCGACCGAAUGAACAAAGGAGCUGUGUCAUUGGAGCAAUUCACAGACAUGGCAGAAGACAUUAUUAGCGAAUCACAGCUGACCUAUGCUACCGUAUUUAAUACGACACAGUUUCUGAAACAUUUUCACACGCACGGUGGGACGUCAGUGGGUGGCGCCACAUUGGAUGCUUGGGCUCUUGAAGCGGAAGCGCACUACAAUGCCACACUAGAUCGUGGUGAAUACAUCGAAAAGCGGCACAACAGAGCUGAGCAGGAACACAAAAAAACCGAGGAGCUCUUGAAGAAAGUUUUGGCAAAUAAACUCAAUGACACAUCGUUUGAAAAUCUGCUCAAUCGACUGGAGGAAUUCGAUCAAUGGCUGGAAGAUUUUAGAGCGACUAUCUAUGAUAGUGCCAGACGGGACACCACAGAGGCAGAGCGAAUGAGCGCUGUAGUAGCAAAGCGAAUUGAUCGAUAUAAGGAGGUCAGCAAUGAGAUUGAAAAGUUGCGCGCUGAAGCAGAGGAUGAUCUGGCCACGGCGAGAAAUUCUGUGGAUCAAGCGAAAGGGCAGGAACUCUUAAAUUUAUUCGAUGAUAGCCGUGCGAUCAACGAAACCCUUGAGACAGCGGCCGAGUUGUCGCUUGAAUGCCGUAACACUUCCAUGAUGUACGCACAGCUGAUCGACGAAUACGACGACAUUUUUGUGCAAAGCGCCGCUGAACAUGCUGAGAAACUUGAGAGAACUGCAGAUGUUUUGAAGAACUCAUUCAAGGAUACUCGUACGGAAGCAGAGGAUCCUCUGAAAGCGUCUCAAGCUUACGAAGAGAUUGCCUCUGCGUUGAAAAACGCAACAAAUGCCGCUGAUGAUGCAGUGAAAGCCGCCGAGGAUGCUUACGCUGAAGCUGACGGAGACUCGGAAACCUCCAUGGUCAAGAAGGUUGACGAAUCCAAGAAAGCUAGCCAAGCACUAGCUGAAGAAGCUCGCGGAAUUCGAAAACAAUGGGAAGAUUCUGGCAUGGAGGCGGAACGUGAACAGCUGGAUGAACGACUGGCGUAUGUUAACGAGCAAAACAUCGAUAUGAUCAAACGGAAUGAUGUUAUUAAAAAUCAAUGGUCCAAAUUCGAUGAUCACCAUGAUCGUACCAUUGGACUGCAGUCGGUGGCUCGUGAUGCAGAUAAAAGGGCAGAGAUAGCUAGGAAAACUAUAGAUGCUCUCGUAAAAGAGGUCAAAGACGUUGAGGAACGAACCAGCAAACUAUUGAACAGCACUGGCCAAGGUAUUCGAGAGGAUAUUGAAAAGGUUCGUAAAGCGCGCAUGGAUCUCGAAAAAAGUCGUGAAAUUCUGGAAAAAGUAGGCGGAGUCAGUGCAGCGAAUCGGAAUCGAGCGGAUGAGAUGCAGAAGCAGCUCGCGUUGCUGAAAGAUAAGAUCAAUGAGGCUCGCGAAAAAGCGCAGCAGGUUCGCUUGUCGCUUCGUUCGGAUGAGCGAGGCGUUUGCCAACGUUCAUUCACAUCUCCAGCACAUCCAUCCCCGUCGAACUCGUUCUCCAUACGGUACCGUCCUUUGAGAAAUGUGCCUGACAGUGCAGUUUUCAUCACCAGAACGAAGCCCAGGAGAACUCAGCCAAGCGAAUUUAUAGCUGUUGAGAUCCGAGACAAACGUGUGGUGGCUCAUUGGAACAUUGGAGGUGGAGCAAAAAUGGCAACGAAUAGUCAUUCCAUCCUGUAUGUACCAAAUACGGAUCGAUCGCAUUGGUAUCAUAUCGAUGUGACACGCAUCGGCAACGCUUUAAACCUUACCGUAGCGUUGAAAGAGACGAUAACCGGCGCGCCCGAUCGUCUUCGAACUGAUGCCGUAAGUGUGUUCGUCGGUGAUGGAGAAUGGGAUGGUGAAGUGGUGUUUAACACUAUUCCCGGGGAGACACAAGUAUCGAUGGGAACAGAUGCGGAAAGUGCGGAAGAGAUGGGUCUUGCGACGAACAAGUUCUAUGGUGUGAUUGGUGGAAUAACCGUCGACGACGUAUCGAUUCCCCUGUGGGCAUUUUCAAGCAGUUCACCGGAGUGUGAAGGCGCUCCAGCACCGCCGCAGCCUACCGUACGAGGUUAUAUGUUCCGUGAUGGUUUUGCGCAAGUGGAACUGGCAACAUUUGAACGUACCGUAUCCUCAUUAUCUGUGAUAUUUAACGCCUAUUCACCUAAUGGGUUAUUGUACUUCCGUGGAUCUGAGACUAGCGGAGAUUUCAUUGCGCUCCAACUUAAGGACGGUUAUGUGGUGUUUAAGAUCCAUCUUGGCGGUUCCUCUUAUGCUGAGCUCACAUCCAAGAAUACAUAUGCGGAUGGACGUGAACAUACGGUGAAGGCAAUACGAAGUGGAUUAGAAAUUCACCUCCAGGUGGACAGCGAUGCCGAUCGAUUCUCGACCACUAUUCCUGGUGAGAACACUGCUCUGAACAUCGAGACCGACAUGCACUUCGUGGCAGGAGUGCCGUCCUCUUUCAAAGUCGACCGAUUCAAGGCAGAUAUCGAAUGGAAGGGUUUCUUCGGUUGUAUUCUCAGCGUGAAACCGUCACAGGCAUCUGACCUAAACCUUGACCAUCCGGUGCGUUGGCAACGACGGGAACCUGGUUGUCAAUUCACGGAUGCGAAACUGAUGCCCACCGAUCGAUUGGUCGGCUUCUCUCGACCUGGUUUCCUGCUUCAGAAAGGCGUCAUCAUGGAUAAUAACUCAACAUUCGCAUUCGGCUUCCGUACAAAAGAAGAGAAUGGGACGCUCAUCUUCCAGUCAUCGAGACUGGCAGCAUUCCGGCGAAAGCAAAGAGACGCCGACGAAGAUAGUAGCGGAAAGGGCUAUUUGGCAUUCUACUUAUUCCGCGGCUAUUUGGUGCUACAUUUCGGCAAGGAUGCCUCAUUCAGGAGAAAUGUAGUAACUAUACGAUCAGGUCAAAUGUAUAACGACGGUCAACUGCAUUCAGUGUUUAUGAGCAGAAAAGGGAAAUUCGUUCGCCUGCGCGUGGAUGAUAAGGAAGUCGGUGAAAAGUAUGAACUCAGUGAUGAAUCGCCGAUUGGAACUGCGACAAGUCAAAUGUACAUUGGAGGUUUUGCUGAACGCUCCAAACCACCAAAUAAUGAAAUCCCAACCACUGUACCUCUUAUCGGAUGUAUCUCUGACAUGUACCACAAUUACAAAAAAAUCCCUAUUGUUCCCGACGAGCAUAAUGCACAAAUCGGCACAUGUGCUAUCGAAUCGCCAAACUUCGCAAUUCCAAUCGAUGAACCAAUGGAUAUGGAUAACAUCGGGGGUCAUCGCAAAGAUUCACGUUUGAAUCAUCACAUGGAACGAAUUUUCUACGAAGCGGAAAAACUAGUUGCGCCUGUGGAUAAUAAGCCAUCCAAAGAAUCAAUGAAAACUUGUGGUGGUGGAUUCAGUUCGUCGGUACGUGACGCUACAAACGCUGACGAUUCGUCGAAUCCUAGCAACGCUGUGAGAUACGGUAUCUCAAAGAGUUCACAUAGCCGUGUGAAUUUUGAGGGAAAACAGUAUCCAAAUAUUUCCGAUUUCCAAGUGUCGUUCUCAAUGCGCACAGACCAACCUACUGGAAUGCUUUGGGUUUGGGCUAACUACAAAAACUUCACUCGAUACUUUUACCUCAAUCUUAUCGAAGGAUUCCUAACUAUCGAGGUGAAGGGACGACAUCCAGAGCCGAAAAUCCUCGAAUGUAAGGAGCGUCGGCUCGACGACGGCCAUUGGCAUGAUGUGGUCAUUAUUAAGAAAGAGCGAGAAUUAGUGCUAAUGGUGGACGAGUUGCUGCCCACCUCCAUCGUCGACUGCCCUACACCAAAAGUGAUGCGACGUCGUAUGUAUAUUGGUGGAGUGAUCUCUAAACAUCGUUCAACGUUCAACCUACAAACACCAGGAUAUGACGGUUGCAUUAGGGAUUUUAAGGUGAACAACGUUGUGCAAAGCUUGGAGGGCGAGUCAUCACGUGAUAUCAUACCGUGUGCCCGCCCUACAAAGGGAAUGUACGCUCAUGAAGGAGGAUUUGCAGUGUUUGAUGGGCUUCAAAAAUCGAUCAAAGACGGAUCUCGGAAUAUUAAUAUCGCUUUGAGUUUCCGACCAAUAGUGAAUGAGGGCACGAUUUUCGCGCUGUUGACGAAUAGUAAUCCGGAAACUGCACGUCUUAGCAUCGAGAUCAUGCAGGACAAGGUGCUUGUUACCGUAAUCCACGAGGCUAGUGGACUUGAGAUUCGCGACGCUAUACCAACAAUUCGCCCAUUAUGUGAUGGACGCUGGCAUACGAUCCAUUUGCUAAUUGGAGAAAAGAUUAUGGAAAUAAAAAUUGAUGAAGAACGUAACGAACUCCCUGUCGAACAUAUGUCACAAAAUGCACGUGAUCUUUUGCUUAACCUACCUCUGAAUAUAGCUGGAGUUUCAGCACCAGUUGCGGAGAAACUUUCGAUGACAUCAUUGGUUGGAUGUUACAAGGAUUUGAAGUUGGCUGGCCAUCCGAAAUACUUCGAAAGUGCACAGAAAAACAACAAAGUCGCCGUAGAUGGAUGUCCCUUCCAUUAG